AUUCCUUUCCCUCCAAGGGUUCACUGUUGCUGCUCCUACAAAACUUUGGGAGGGCAUACCACUUUGGAAAAAGCUCUGGCAGUUUCAUAUAAAAGUAAAUGUGUACCUGUUCGAUGACUCAGCAGUUUCUCACCAAGACCUCCGGAGGCGGUGGAGAUGCUGUCGGGCACCCAGGCAGCGCCAGUGGAAUUCGAGGACGCAGAGCUGCGGUGUCGCGUGGCUGUGGAGGAGCUGAGCCCCAGCGGGCAGCCGCGAAAGCGCCAGGCCCUACGCACCGCGGAGCUGAGCCUGGGACGAAAUGAGCGCCGCGAGUUGCUGCUGCGGCUGCAAGCGCCUGGGCCCGCGGGGCGGCCGCGCUGCUUCCCUCUGAGGGCGGUGCGCCUCUUCACGCGCUUCGCAGCGGCCGGGCGCAGCACACUACGGCUCCCAGUUGACGGCGCUCCCCGCGCGGGCGCUGUGCAGCUGCUGCUCUCCGACUGCCCCCCCGACCGCCUGCGACGCUUCCUGCGCACGCUGCGUCUCAAGCUGGCCGCAGCCCCGGGCCCCGGACCGGCCUCCGCCCGCGCACAGCUGCUUGGCCCGCGGCCCCGAGACUUCGUCACCAUCAGCCCAGUGCAGCCGGAGGAGUUGCGGCGCGCGGCGCCCACCGGCGUCCCGCACGCCACGCCCGUGAAGCGGCCGAGGGAACUCCGGGCGAGAUCUGAUCCCAGCAACGAAGCCCCAAAGUGGCCCUUGCCUGUGAAGAGGCUGAGCUUGCCCCCGAGCAAACCACAGCUUUCUGAAGAACAGGCUGCUGUGCUGAGGGUUGUCCUGAAAGGCCAGAGCAUCUUCUUCACUGGGAGUGCAGGGACAGGGAAGUCUUAUCUGCUGAAGCGUAUCCUGGGCUUGCUGCCUCCCACAGGUACUGUGGCUACUGCCAGCACUGGGGUGGCAGCCUGCCACAUCGGGGGUACCACUCUCCAUGCCUUUGCAGGCAUUGGCUCAGGCCAGGCUCCUCUGGCCCAAUGUGUAGCCCUGGCUCAGCGGCCAGCUGUGCGGCAGGGCUGGCUGAACUGCCAGCGGCUAGUCAUUGAUGAGAUCUCCAUGGUGGAGGCCGACCUGUUUGACAAGCUGGAAGCCAUGGCCAGAGCUAUCCGGCAGCAGAACAAACCAUUUGGAGGGAUCCAGCUCAUCAUCUGUGGGGACUUCCUGCAGCUGCCACCUGUAACCAAGGGCUCCCAGCCCCCAAAGUUCUGCUUUCAGGCCAAGAGCUGGAGAAGAUGUGUCCCAGUGACCCUGGAGCUGACCAAGGUGUGGAGGCAGGCAGACCAGACCUUCAUCUCUCUGCUGCAGGCUGUCAGGCUGGGAAGGUGCUCAGAUGAAGUGACCCACCAGCUCCAGGCCACAGCCUCCCAUAAGGUGGGGCGAGAUGGGAUUGUGGCCACGAGGCUUUGCACUCACCAGGAUGACGUGGCCCUCACCAAUGAGAGGCGACUGCAGGAACUGCCAGGUGAGGUACACAGCUUUAAGGCCAUGGACAGUGACCCCGAGCAAGCCCGAACCUUGGAUGCCCAUUGUCCUGUUAGCCAGAUCCUUCAACUAAAGCUGGGGGCCCAGGUGAUGUUGGUGAAGAACUUAGCGGUGUCCCGAGGCCUGGUGAAUGGUGCCCGUGGGGUGGUUGUUGGGUUCGAGACAGAGGGGAGAGGGCUGCCCCAGGUGCGGUUCCUGUGUGGAGUCACCGAGGUCAUCCGUGCUGACCGCUGGACGGUGCAGGCCACUGGCGGCCAACUCCUCAGUCGGCAGCAGCUGCCCCUCCAGCUGGCCUGGGCAAUAUCUAUCCACAAGAGCCAGGGCAUGACCCUGGAUUGCGUGGAGAUUUCUCUGGGCCGAGUGUUUGCCAGCGGCCAGGCCUAUGUGGCCCUUUCCCGGGCCCGCAGCCUGCAGGGCCUGCGUGUGCUGGACUUUGAUCCCAUGGUGGUUCGCUGUGACCCUCGUGUGCUGAGCUUCUAUGCCACUCUGCGGAGGGGCAGAGGCCUCAAGAUGAAGUCUCCAAAUGAUGAUGAGGCAGCCUCAGACCAAGAGAAUGAGGACCCAAACCUUUGAGCCUCAAAGAGAAGACACAUGAUGGUCUCCCCUACUUCUUCCUCCCUAGUGGGCCAGGGCCUCUGAAGAUAACUUGGGGAAGAUAGUCAACCCUUUCUCCUUCAUUAGGGCUCUCAGCCUCCUGGUCUUUCCUGGUCCAGGUUCAAGGGAGACUACUUCUUACCCCUUUUCCAGCUCUGCCUCAGUUUCUCCCUUUGCCCUGGGUAAUCUAAUUCCAGGGACAGGAGUAACCCUUUCUGUGCCAACUGGGAAAGGGCUUAUGGUGGCACCUGGUGUUAUAGGACAAAGCUCUCUGCGAGGGCUAGCCCAGGGCCACACGGUUGUGAAUGCUGCCCUCUUUGGGCUGCAGAGAGGAGAGGCAGUGAAGACAGGUGCUUCAGGAGCAGGAACAGGCUAUAACAGUCCUGAACUGGGGGACUCAGGCCAAAUACAGGCCCCACACAGAGAAAGGAACCUGGGGUUAUCAUCACAGCUAGGCCCAGGAUAGCACAAGCCAGGACACAGACUCUCCUGAGCUUAACCUGAGAACACACAAUGCAAACCAUGUGCCUAUUAUCUUAAGCUCCCUUUUUGGAGAAGAAAUCAUAUUUAGGGGUACUGAGAUGGAGUUCUCAGAUCGUAUUUAUUUAGGACAAAUAAACUUGUGAAUUGUGUAA